UCCUUGUAGUUACGUCAUAAGCCCCCGACGGGAAAACGUUGUAUGUGUUUCCGAGUCUGGAGCUGGAAGUAACAUGCCGGAGAAGCAAAUAGCGAUUGAGGAAGAUGAUCUGCAGUAUGAGGAAGAGAUCCUACGCAACCCUUAUUCAGUCAAGUGCUGGAUGAGAUACAUCGAGACGAAGCUCUCUAGCCCAGCGCAUGCUCUCAACCUGGUCUAUGAACGAGCCCUGAAGGAGCUGCCGGGAAGCUACAAGUUGUGGUACGCCUACCUAAAGCAGCGCAGAAAGCAGGUGAAGAAACGCUGCAUCACCGAUCCAGCCUACGAGGAGGUCAAUAACUGUCAUGAGAGAGCCCUCGUAUUCAUGCACAAGAUGCCCCGGAUCUGGAUGGAUUAUUGUCAGUUCCUCGUUGAUCAGUGUAAAAUCACCCGUACCAGGCGGACGUUCGAUCGCGCCCUCCGUGCCCUGCCCAUUACCCAGCACCACCGCAUCUGGCCCCUUUACCUGCGCUUCGUCCGUAGCUACCAGUUGCCCGAAACGGCGGUUCGCGUAUACAGACGGUACCUCAAGCUGUCGCCGGAAAACGCAGAAGAGUACAUCGAGUACCUGAGGUCGAUGGACCGGUUGGACGAGGCGGCCUCCAGACUGGCAGUCAUUGUCAACCAGGAUAACUUUGUGUCGAAGGAGGGCAAAUCCAAUUAUCAGCUGUGGCAGGACCUCUGCUCCUUACUGUCCCAGCAUCCGGACUCGAUCCGCUCUCUGGACGCCGCGGCAAUUAUUCGCGGCGGACUGACGCGCUUCACUGACCAGAGGGGCAAGCUGUGGUGUGCGCUUGCCGAGUAUCACACUCGUAGUGGGCAUUUUGAGAAGGCACGUGAUGUUUAUGAGGAAGCGAUUCAGACCGUCACCACCGUCCGAGAUUUCACCCAAGUGUUUGACAGCUACGCGCAGUUCGAGGAAAGCAUCAUUGCAGCCAAAAUGGAGACCGUCAGCGAGCUGGGGCGGGAGGAAGAGGAUGACCUCGAUCUAGAGCUGCGAUUGGCUCGCUUUGAGCAGCUGAUAGAGCGCCGUCCUCUUUUACUCAAUGGAGUGUUACUGCGACAGAAUCCACACAAUGUCCACGAAUGGCACAAGAGGGUGCAACUGUUUCAAGCCAAGCCUCACGAGAUUAUAAACACGUACACAGAGGCUGUUCAGACCGUGGAUCCCGCCAAAGCCACAGGGAAACCCCACUCACUGUGGGUGUCAUUCGCCAAGUUCUAUGAAGACAACGGACAGAUUGAGGAUGCCAGGACAAUCCUACACCGAGCCACCCAAGUGAAGUACACCCACGUGGAUGACCUGGCCGCGGUUUGGUGUCAGUUUGGAGAAAUGGAGCUGAGGCAUGAGAAUUACGAGGAGGCCCUGAAAAUACUGAGGAGAGCCACGGCUGUCCCGGCCCGGAAGGCAGAAUAUUUCGAUGCCUCUGAGCCCGUCCAGAACAGACUGUACAAAUCCCUUAAAGUUUGGUCCAUGUUGGCCGAUCUGGAGGAAAGUCUCGGCACCUUCAAGUCUACCAAGGCGGUGUACGACCGGAUUAUUGACCUUCGGAUAGCAACUCCACAGAUCAUCAUCAAUUAUGCUUUGUUCCUUGAGGAACACAACUAUUUUGAGGAGAGUUUUAAGGCCUAUGAACGCGGGAUAGCCUUGUUCCGCUGGCCCAAUGUGUACGACAUUUGGAGUACCUACCUUUCCAAGUUCAUUGCUCGAUACGGAGGGAAGAAGCUGGAAAGGGCUCGCGAUCUGUUUGAACAAGCUUUGGAUGGCUGUCCUCGCAAGUUUGCCAAAAAUAUCUUUCUCCUGUAUGCCAAGCUGGAGGAAGAGCACGGUUUAGCCCGGCACGCCAUGGCUUUAUACGAAAGGGCAACUCAAGCAGUGGAGCCCGCAGAGCAAUACGAAAUGUUUAAUAUCUACAUUAAAAGAGCGGCGGAAAUCUAUGGCGUCACCCACACUCGUAGCAUCUACGAACGAGCCAUUGAGCUGUUAGCCGAUGACCAGUCACGAGAGAUGUGUCUCCGUUUCGCAGACAUGGAGUGUAAACUGGGAGAGAUUGACAGAGCCCGUGCCGUUUACUCGUACUGCUCUCAGAUGUGUGACCCCAGGCUGACGGCAGGGUUCUGGCAGACGUGGCGAGACUUUGAAGUGCGUCACGGGAACGAAGACACGCUGCGGGAGAUGCUGCGUGUGAAGCGAAGCGUGCAGGCCAAGUACAACACCCAGGGUACAUUCCUCGUGUCACAGCGGCUUCGCGUGGAAGGAGCGGCCGGGGACACUCCAAAUGAGCCAAUGGAUGAAAUGAAAGCCUUGGAACAAAAGGCAGCCGUUAUAGCUGCAGCAGCCGAGAAAGACAAGCCGCAGAUAAAGGACAAGAUCCUGUUUGUCCGGUCCGACGCAUCUCGCUCCGAGCUGGCAGAGCUGACGCGCCAGACCAACCCGGACGAGAUCAACAUUGGCGACGAUGAGUCUGAAGAGGAGUUAGAACCUGAUGAGGUUCAGUUAGAGCAGAAGUCUGUACCAUCGUCUGUCUUCUCUGGAAUCUCUGAGGACUGACCCACUGAAUCCUGACCUGACUAUUUACAUCAAGUACUUAAGACAAACAAAGAAUAAAAUAACCAGACACACAGUUUCUCCA